AUGCCUCCGUCAUCCUGCACUCCAUACCCAAGCUACCAUGUUAGUCAGAAUGGUGGUUCUGCAUCUGUGGCUCCAUCUUCACCUCCAUCAUCAUCCACUCCUAGUGUUUCUAGGCCGCAUAAUCAGACUUUUGAAGAGAUUGUAUCAUAUGAUUCCUUUCAUAGACUGAUUAUCAUUCUUGAUGGGACUACUGGGUUUGUUCCCUCCAAUGAAUCUAUGAAGGUGGUUGUGGAUUGUGUUAAAGGAUUUUAUCGAGAUGCUUGGAACAAGUGUGCAUGGAUUCCCAAAUAUCAUCAGCAAAUAAGUCAUAAUUUCGAGAAAAAAGCUGCUGAUCGGCUUAAAAAUCUCCUUUAUAAAGCUCGACAGAAGGGCGAGAAGCCCGGUUGGAUGCUAAAAGCCAUGUGGGAUAGACUUAUUAUGAUAUGGGCUUCUGAAGAAUUUAAGAAGAGGAGCAAUGCUGCAAAGGCUGCCCGUACCUCCAAUACGGGUGGCUCAUUGCACACUGGGGGUUCAAUUAGUAUGGAGACCCAUCGAAGGAGAAUGGAAAAGGAAAAAGGGAGAGUUAUGACUUAUGCUGAGGUCUUUGAGGACAAGCAUUUGAAAAAGAAAAAGGAUGGGACAAGAGAAUGGGUCGAGCCGCGUGCUGCGAGGGAAGCCUAUCAGCAACGUUUUAAGGAAUGGCGUCAAAGUCAACCCGAUUCUGAGGAUGGUAGCUCAACCCAAGUGUCACUCAAUGAUGUAGCUUUAAUAUGGACGCAGGUGGUUGGUGGCGCAAAGAAAG